GUGACGUCAGCGGCCGAAUGUCAACAAUGUAGCGGUGAGAGUAGGCGUUCCAGUCCAGUGUAACAAACAGCGGAGACGGAGCGGCACGCCGCGCGGGAUCACCACGCGCACACACACAACCACGCACGCACGCGCUGUCGUACACAGCGGCAACAGACCGUAGAAUAACAUACGUUGUUUUUUGUGUAAGUGAGAAAUAACCGAGUUGCAGCGACCGGAGAAGAAGUGAGCUCUCUGGAGGCUUUGAGGAAACGACCAAGCGAGGCAUCAUGUGAAAGAACAUAUGUGGGGAACGGACAAAAGGGCUGGAAUACGAGCAGAAUAGAAAGUAAAAGGGACGCCCUCCCUGCGCACCAACCUGCCAAUCAGUUAUCUGACCUCGCAUCUUUCUGCCUGAUGUGAUGUUGAUGCGUCAGUGUGACCGUGUGCUGCUCGUGGAUAAAUGAUCACUAAUCGCCAUCAGAGGAUGAAGGACAAGUCUGGCAUGAGCGGAAUGUCCGUGGAUGAGAAGCCUGAAGCCCCCAUGUAUGUGUAUGAGUCGACGGUUCAUUGUACCAAUAUCCUCCUCUGCCUCAAUGACCAGCGGAAGCAGGAUAUCCUGUGCGAUGUGACGGUCCUAGUUGAGGGCAAGGAGUUCCGCGGGCACCGGGCUGUGCUGGCCGCUUGCAGCGAGUAUUUUCUCCAGGCGCUCGUGGGCCAUGCCGACAAUGGCUUGGUCGUUAGCCUUCCGAAAGAGGUCACUGCCAGGGGAUUCGCCCCAUUGUUGCAGUUUGCCUACACCGCUAAGCUGUUACUCAGCAGAGAAAACAUCCAGGAGGUUAUGCGCUGUGCCGAAUUCCUGCGCAUGCACAACCUGGAGGACUCCUGCUUUCGCUUCCUGGAAGCUCAGCUGCGCAGGGAGGAGGACGGCUUGCUGCGCUGCCACAAGGUGGCCGCAGAGUCGAACAACUCAGAGGAUGAGAGCAUGCAGUCAGAGGUAGAAAGACCCACCUCCCCCAGGGCACGGCGGUGUGCUGACGCCCUCACCUCCUCUCAACAUCCUGAUGGUGACAGGCUAACCAUGGCUAUGCCUAGUAACUUCACAGAUGGCCAGCUGGACUUUGAUCGGCAUGGAGCGUCAGACCUGCCACGAUGCCCCAAGUACAGGAAAUACCAGUGGGCUUGCAACAAGCACAAUAAUGACACCUCCUCACACACCAGUACCUCAGGUUUUCCAAGCACAUUAAAGGAGAGCAGCGUUAGCGGGGCAGUGCGGGGUCAGGGUAGGCUGCCUUUGGCACAGAUUAAAGUUGAACCGCAGGCAGAAGAAGAGGCCAUCUCAUUGUGCCUGUCAGGGGACGAGCAGGACAUCAGGGAUAAGGACAGUGUGACAGCCAUGGAGAUGGAUAACCCCAUAUCUGUGGAGAGAACCAAGUCCCCAUCCUGCCUCAGAGCCUUCUUCAAGAAAGGGGUGGACUUCCCCAGUCUGCCCAACACAUCACAGCAGCUAUUCGCCAACAGACUUGUCUGUCCCCAGGACAAAGGAAACUCUCAGGGAGAUCAUAAAAAAGACUUCAGCCCUUUCGCUGGGGAGUUGGGUCUGUCUGUUACAUCCCCAAAGGCUGUGGACGGUUUCCCUGAAGGGUUGUCCCUCAAGUCCGCUUCUUGCGAUGGGGUCUGCAAACAGGAAGUUGAGAUAGACCGCCGUAGUGUCAUAUUUUCCUCAGGGGCCUGCAACCACCUGGGAACCCCAGCUCAUUCCUACCCUGGUGGGAACUCUUUGGAGAUGGAGCUCACAGAGCACAUACCAAAGGGCAUGUGGGCUGGAGCCAGCAAGUCCCUGCCCACCUCCCAGACCUAUUCUCCCAGCACCACCUCCUCUGAGCCCCCAAUCCUGUGCCGCCCACGGCCCAACACCAGCUGCCCAGUGCCAAUCAAAGUGUGCCCACGCUCGCCGCCUUGUGAGACACGCACCAGGACUUCCAGCUCCUGCUCUUCAUACUCCUAUGCGGAGGACGGCAGCGGAGGCUCUCCCUGCAGCCUGCCCCAGUUUGAGUUCUCCUCCUCGCCAUGCUCCAAUGUGGCACGCUGCCCCACUGUGGACCAGCAGGAGCAAAGUGUGGGAGGGGAUUCCCUUUUUAACCAGGUGCGGCCUAAGAUCAAAUGUGAGCAGUCCUACGCCACCAACUCUAGUGACGAAUCAGGCUCCUUCUCAGAGGGAGACAGCGAGUCCUGCCACGUACAGGAGCAAGGGCCAGAGGUGAAGCUGCCUUUCCCCGUAGAUCAAAUCACAAAUCUUCCACGGAACGACUUCCAAAUGUUGGUGAAAAUGCACAAACUGACCUCGGAACAGCUCGAGUUCAUCCACGAUGUGAGGCGGCGGAGCAAGAACCGCAUUGCAGCGCAGCGCUGCCGCAAGAGGAAGCUUGACUGCAUCCUGAACCUGGAGUGUGAGAUCAGAAAACUGGUGUGUGAGAAGGAGAAGUUGCUGACAGAGAGGAACCAGCUGAAGGCGUGUAUGGGUGAGCUGUGGGAGAACUUCUCCUGCCUGUCGCAGGAGGUGUGCAGGGACGUCCAGCUGAGCCCCGAGCAGGUCCAGUCUUUACACCACUACUGCCCCGUGCUGCGGCCCGCCAACUCCACUUCCAGCAACAACGCCGCCCACGAGCCCAAGCGCCCCCCCAGCCACGCCACCGACACCACCACCAGCAUCGACCUCACCACCCACUCGGGCUCUGCCACGCCGGAGCCCAGCUUCCACGGGUCGCCCGGCCCCUCAGAGAGCGAGCCCGACUCGGCCGUCAGAAAUGGGGCGGACAGAGAUAUGGACGGCCAAGACGCCAGUUUGUACACAAAGUCAGGGCUUUCCAUGGAGCAAUCCAACCAGACGGUGACGGUCGAUUUUUGCCAGGAAAUGACCGACAAAUGUACAACUGACGAGCAGCCAAGGAAGGACUGUACUAAGUAGUGGUGGUUCUCUGUGUUGUUGUUUUUGAUGGUUUUUUUUAUUAUUUAAUUUUACUCUUGUGACAAACCCUCUCUCUGGGUUGUUGAGACGGUCAGCCUCCGCCAGUGUUCACUGAAAACAAGCUUUGUUUGUAUUUAUGUUUUUUGUGCUGUUUUUUAAUUGUUCGUUUUGAACGGUUGACACUAAAGUUGUCUUAACAGCAGCAAUACUGUUCUCCAGGUAGUCUCCUCUUACCAUGACAGAGUGGGAACUUCUCACCAAACCCUUACAAUGGUGCUAUACUCGCCCCGGCAGCAACCUUUACAGUGGAGACUCUGUUCUUCAUGCGCCACACAUCACAACUCAAAGUUGAACCUCAUCGGACCUAAACAGCAGCUCUCUUUGUCUCUCUGUGUACCAACAAUAUCUCUGUUCCUGCCUUUCUCUUUCACAUUUGCUCUUCCCACUCUGUCUCUCUCAAUCUUCUCUACCUCUUUCUGUCUCACUGUCUCUCUCUCUCUCUCUCUCUGUCUGUGGUUCUUCUUCUUCUUCUAUAUCUCAGUGGCCCUUUUUGUCACAGCAAUUAAAACUCAGGAAAAAAAAAAUCCUCUGAAUGUUCAACCUAAUUCAUGAAAAAUAAGGAUACAGCUUCUCUACACGAGGAAGUUACAAUGCAGUUAGACUGUAAAAUGUUCAUAUGCAAAAAUGUCUUCAAGCGUCUCGCAUUUGUAUUUCUGUACAGGAGAAGUUUGUACAGGCUGUAACUGAAAAACAUUCCUCCUUUGCCUUCCUCAGCACUGAAUUGAAAGGAAAAUAAGGUUUUCGCAGGCGGUCAAAUGGCUAUUUUUAUUUCCCACUCAUCAGCAAUACCAUUGUAUUUGGAUGUUGUAAUGGUGACUUUCAAGUGCUUGUUUGGCAGAAAUGUAUAUAGUAUGGAGCAUGAUGACUGUAACAGUGAUUUUGUACAGGUAGAGGCUUAGACGUUUCGUUUUCACCGGGGUUGUAUUAAGCACCUUUUUGCUAAGGGAAAAUCUUUGCUUUGCUGUUUCCUGUCCUGCCUAACGAAUACUCUCCGUCAUGGUGGGUGUUCUUAUACUCAGGAAAUCAGCUCAACACACAUGUAGACACACACAUACAGUACAUACAGACACGUGUGUCAACACACACACACACACACACGUAAAAGUUUGAGCCCCAUGCAUGUAUAAAAGUAGACUUUCAAGCCGUGUUUGUUAACACGUGGCUCAGGCCAGCUCCUCUCCACUUUGGACUCCUCUUUAAAUGUGAAAAAAAGAGUUCUACGAUGUGUUUUUAUGGAGGAAAUCUCAUUUCUUAUCAGUAUUUAAAGAUGCUACAUGUGUGCGCUCUCGCAAACAUGCUUUGGGUUUAUUCAGUGUUGCCGUUUAAUGUUUGGAGAGAGCAAAAAGCAUAGCCAACAUCUAAGUGAAAGAUUCUUUCAUUUUUCAAAUUGAAAUUAAUAAAAUAAACACCUAUUGACAAAAAAAGGAAAAACAUGACUUAAAUCAGGCACUUUGUUCACUCAGAGCCAAUAAGCACUUCAAUUAGAGUCUUUAAAAUCUGAGACUGGAGCACUUAAAUUGGGAGUAAGCAUUUUGUUGAUAUGAAUAUACAAUUAAAAUAUCUCUAUGAAGAAGACAUAUCUGAAACCUAAACCCAAAAGGAAGUUAAUGUUUUAGUAUAAGAUUGUUCACACCUUAUAUUUGUAUUUCUUUAGGAAUUGAAUAAGCUAAUUCAGAAUUCAUUUGACGUGAAAACAGUGUAUGUGUUGUCCAAAUGAUUAAGUAACAAUCAUAUAAGAUAGUUAACACGUUUGCCCUAAUUGUGCAUUUGUUUGAACAUCCAACUUUGUGAUGUGCAUGCAUGCUGCCUAUAGCUAUAAGCCUAGUUAGUUUGUCUAGCUUCUGUUCGCCUCAUAAAUUCUCUCUGUAGCAGUCUGCUUUUAAAAUGAUAGUUUUUAAAAAUUUCUAUGUAUAAACAAGCUGAAUCAUCUCAACCCUCACUAGAGGCAGGCUUUAUGUACAAGCAGGGCCGUACUCUAGCACGAAGGCUGAAUUCAAUUGGAAUGUGAAGCUUUAUUCCUUGUUCUUUAAAGCCCCAGUCCAAAAUGGCCCUCCCUGUUAGUCACAUCCAUGCUAGCCACUGUUCCACGAGCUUCUGUGGUCUCUCUUUUAGCAUUUCUUCAAUGGUCUUUCUGAAGAAGAGAAAUGUGUUCCUGAAGUUUGCUAUUCUUCGUGAUUUUAAAAAAGCUGAAUAACAAUGUUUUUGUUAGCGCGCAAACUACAGCUUCUGUGAAGUUUAACCAAACAAAAUACGUCAUUGUAACUGUUGGUUUCUCUCCUACCCAUGGUAUCUACCCCCCUCUGUAGUCUGCUGUCUGUAAAACACAGUUCGGCCUUGCUUACAGCCGUGUCUAAGCUAGCUUCAGACCACUCGACUGGCCUCUCCUGUGGAGCUGGUGACGUUCACCUGUGAAGGUGUUGGGCUUGUGGAAAAUGGUGUUUGUUAAAUGCUGCUUAAAUUUGCUUUCCUUAUCUAUGCUCAUGUGAACCACAGAGCAUACUGGUGAUCUUGGUGAUGUUGUAGGGCUGGAUUUUUAGUAAUUUAUGUUAUUACAAAUGUCGGAAUAAUUUAGAAUGAGGAACACAAACCCCAAACUUCUGGUUUCACUCUGUUUUUUGAUAUAUAUUUUCAUUUGAGAAAAGACAACUGUUGUGGUCAGUGUCUAAACACAGAAAUGGUGUUUUUUGAGGUGUUGACACAUUAAUAGCCUACAGACUGGAGAAUCAUAUCAAAAGUAUUAUUGAAGUCAGCAAUUCAAAUAAAAACCUCUAAAUACUUUCUAUUUCCUUCUAUUUUGGGGUUUAAAACCUGAGUUGGAGUAGGUAAGUGGUGUAAUACAUACACAUUUAACUUAGACCGGAUAGUAAACUCCAUAUAGCCAUUUCUAGCAGGUCAAAUGCGGAUGCUACUAAGCUAGCUUAGAGAUUAGCCACCCGUGACACUCUUUUUUUUUCUAAAAUGUGUGUAUUACGUGGGUUCCAUGUGUUUUACAGUACUCGCACUGUACAGCUGAGGCACAGCCUGAGUGAAGAGCAGUAGUGGUUCAGCCCUUUUUCCUGUUUGUGCUCUUUUCAUUCAUACGCAGAUUAACUGAAGCAAAGGAGUAUUUACCAAUUUACCAUCUGGAGACAUUACUGAAGCUUCUUUUCUGCAAACAUUAUGCAACUCAUUUUCUCUUUGUGUACUUUUUAAUUAGCUUGAUCUUAAAUUGAGGAAGCCCAGUGUUGCAUUGCAGAGCACCAACUGUGACUAUGUUUUUCUGUUUGGAGAAAAUGACGUUCAUGACGUUUGUGUUGUAUCAAAGCUAUUGUGACAAAGGCCCCUGGGUGUCUCUUCCGAUAUGCUAAUAAUACUACAAUGAUCACAUUCUUGUUUUUGCAUUGCAGAAUUUCUCUUAUACCUACUGAAUGUUGAGAAUUCAACUUAACAAACCCUUAGAUUCCCAUAGCGCUAAGAUAACGAGAUGGUAAACAGCGGCCCCAUGAAGCACACUCUCCUGUUAGAAAAGCUUUUUGUCCAGACCUCUAAGCCCUUGAGUCUUGCUGCCUUGCUGCAUGCAAAAAUAAAAUUCUCACUUACCUGUUGUUGCAUCUACUCAUACAGAUCAUUUUGGUUGUAUUUGUCCAGGGUUUGGGAUAUCUAUCUCUGCCUAUACUCUCAACACAAUGGAAGCAUUUUGUUUGUGUAACUGUCAUUACUGAAAAAUGCCAUUUUGAAAAAUUCAUUCUAUUGACCUCCAUUCUGUUGGGGUGGUGGCAGACAUCUAAAAGAAUCUCAAAGCUUUGGCAAAUAAUACCAAAACUUUUUGCAUGGCUAGAGACCAGUGCAGGUAGUGAGAAAAUAUAUUUUUUCUCAUUUGGGUGGACCAGCCCUUAGCGUCUCAGGGUGCCAAGCAUUUGAACCUGCUCUCUAUUUCAUUCUGAUGUAGACAUUUUUCUUUCUUUUUUUUGACUUUCUUUGUUAAAUAAAACGUCCCUUAAAUUCUUUUGUUAAUAUUACUUAAAGCUGCAUUAAUUGACUUUUUUGGCCACUUGUGGGGAAAAGAAUGAGCUGUAAACACAUCAAUGACAUAUUAUCACCACAGAAAGUUUUUAAAAGCUAACAGUUUGGCAACAGUUGCCUACUUACAUGUCAAGAAGACAGAGGGUAACAUUGGCGUUCAUUUGGAAUGGUGUUUGUGUUCACUUUAGGAACGUAACUCCACAAACUCCUGAGAAGAAUAUCUGUUUCUUUAGCUGCUAACUGCUCCAUCACGUUCACCAGCAUGUUUCUGUGGCUGGUUGUGUAUUUCUGCUGUUUGGUGCUGGAAGCGCACUAUGACUGAAGUUUGCUUUUGCUAAAAACAGCUGCCAGAGUCAACUGAUUCAUGGUUCAUAUAAAAAUAUUGAUUACUGCAGCUUUAAAAUGAUUGUGACAUUAAUAAUUCUAUGCAUAGAAAUCACCUAAAACACAUUUGAUACUUAGAUAUGAGGAAUAGGUUACUGCAGGCUAAACACUCUUUUGGUUAUGGUCAUUACAGCAGAUUGAUUAAAGUGAACAAUUGCUGUUGAAUUGAAUUGAAUGCUUAUACAUUUUGCUGUGUAUUUGUCUUGUUUAUCAAACAUUUUUUGUUUCUGCUUCUCUGAAACAAACACUGGCUUUUCAACUCCAAAGUUUGCUCUAAAGAAUAUGAACAAAAGCAUGCCUUUCUCACAGACUGCUCAACUUUAUUGAAAAGAAAUCUGGUAUCCUAGUUAAAUGCGCAGGCUGAGAUCAUCGAGAAAAAUAGAAAAUUUUAAAAUGUUUACAAAUGUUUGAUCAAUUUUUGCCAUGUAAAAAUUGUUCUGUCCAAUUUGACUGGUUCUUGGUGUUGUUUAAAGAGACAAAGAAGAGUUUCCUCACCUUGUCUUCAAUCCAACUUUUGGGAUGGGUCAGCAUUACAUGGAUACAAGUGCACCUCCGAUAUUUGCCUUAGAACUUGCAGAGGCCAUAGUUCACAUUCAAGUGAAGUGAGUGUAUGUAUGCAGGGGCCUGGGCCCCCAUCCCCGAGUCACCAGUGCGGACUUUCUCACACUUAUCUACCUGUGAAAUCCUUCAUACCUCUCAUAACUGGUCAAUGACUGUAUCAGCAAACUGCAUCAGGUGUUUUUUCUACAUGCUUUUUACACAGAUUAUAUGGAUUAUUGUAUUAGUAGAUUUUGGUGCAUCAUUUUUAAUGUAAUAGCUCUUAAGCUUGUAGUUCAAGUUGUUGUUUUUUUCUUUAAUUUUUCUAGAUGACUGUUUUGUGUUAAUAUUGUCAUUUUGAAAUAGCUGUUAUUUGCUUAUUCUCUACUAAGAGUUCUUAACUUUAUAAUUUUGAAAUGCUACAUGACCCUAAUUAAUUAAAAUGACUUAAUAACCAUUGUAAAUACGGUAUUGUGCAAACCCCAUUUUCAUUCAUUUCAAUUGCUAGUGUUCAAUAAAUGACUUUUUUGUCUAGACACCUCUUUUCUCUUUAUGAAAUAAAGAAACAUGCAUAUCA